UUACUAGUCUGUUACCUGUUACAGAAAACAAUUUGAAGCUGAAUGAGAAACCAGAGAAAAUAGAAGUUCUCUUUUGAUCUGGUGAAACGAAAGAUGGCAAUAGCCUCUUCACUACCAAAGAUUGUUCCUGGUCCUCCUCCUGAUUAUACGGAUGGACAUUCAGUUGGGAAUGAACUACUGAAUCGACCGUUUGUUUAUGGAAGUUGUCAAGAAAUGUGUCCACUCAGUGAGAUAGAAAUGCGAGAACAUGAAAACCUGAUACAUAUCCUCGAAACUGACCCAUCUUUGUACCAGGAGAAAAAAUGGCGCGAAAAGCUGAUAUGUGAUCGAGCAAGAGCCGUCAAAUGCUAUCACAGAUCUGCGGCUGGCAUGGAUAUGCAGAACCCACAUUUGCUACGUCCGCCCCAUGUAUUGCGUCAAACUGUUACCUAUUUGCUAACACAGUGAGUAACCUCAUGUAGUACC